UGUGAGUGUUCUGCCUUUUACUUUACUAACAGAAUAUGGACACCCAGAAAGAUGUGCCACCUCCCAAGCAGCAGCCCAUGAUAUAUAUCUGUGGAGAAUGUCACACAGAAAAUGAAAUAAAAGCCAGAGAUCCUAUCCGAUGCAGAGAGUGUGGUUACAGAAUAAUGUACAAGAAAAGAACAAAAAGAUUGGUUGUGUUUGAUGCCCGAUGAAGAAAACUGAAGAUGCUUCUGAUUUCUCUCUGUAUUUUGAU